AUGGAGGCAGCAAUUUCCGGUGGCCAAUCUCCGGCAACAUCCAUUUUCAAGCCAAAAACAAAGAAGGUGUUUUCCCCUGUCCACAGCUACACUUUACCAGUUUCGAAAAGCCUCCAUAAAGGAAGAGUCUUGAAGGUGGAGUGUGCCAAAGGGGGUUCAUCACCAGCCGACAAGUUAUUAGCUGCGAAUGAGGAGUUCGAUUUGGAAGAGGAAAUCAUCGGACUUAAGGAAUUGAGCAGUAAAUGCAGAGGUGACUUUGCCGGCUUAAUCGAGCUGCUCGAGUGCUUGGAAAGAGAAGCAAUCAUGGGGGAAGAUGAAGGGAAAGAGCCAGAUGAUUAUAACAGAAGGGCACAGAUUUUCGACAAGAGCUCUAGAGUUUUCCGGGCUCUCAAACAGGACAAGAACAAAUCUGCUGUUUAG